UAUACACUGAUAUUGUUCGUCAGUCGUACAUACUACCGAUGUGAAAUUAAGUUUCCAAAGCACCUCAACUCAUGUCCGGUCGUCUGGCAGCUAAUUGUUGACAUUGUACAUGUUAUUUUCCACAGGCAUCGAAGCCCCCAAUAUUACCAGCAGAACAUAGGGACGAUUUGUCCCGAAUAUGUCAUAUAAAUGCUCCAUGCAAGAAGACAACAAAAGGUUAUGUGCAAACUGGCCACCAAGUUGAUCCUUAUUCUACACAUAGUAUAAUUUUUCACAAUACUACAUAAACCCCAGAAGCAUGUCCAGAGCAUGGUCGGCCAGAAGCAUGUUCAGUCCUGUCUUACGUCGGAAGGCCACAUAUGCGACAGUGCGAAACAAUGGUGAACAUUCGUUUUUUGCCACAGCAGACGUAGUUGAGCAGGUCCAGGCGGCUAUAGAUUGGUCCAGCUGCUUAGAAAGACCCUCAAGUUCGUAUAGCCAUCAAGGCGUAAACAGAGCUCGUUUUGCCUCAACCAUCUGCUGAAGGCACCGUAUAUCUUCAGGUUAGGCCCAGCAUGGUAUGGAUAAGUAGAUCGCUACAUUCCGCAGAGAAUGACGAGGAAGUAAUUGACGAAGGAUGCUAAAUGGUUACCGACAGAGCUCAUCUCCAGAGACAUUGGAGAAGUCGCUUCCUGGAAAGCAUAUGACAGCUUACGUUAACCUUUACCGAUUCGGUUGACCCAUGAAAUUGCACAUCUAAAUUUAGCUGUCCCCCACGCAGUUCCUUGGAGGACAGGACACGAGGGCUAACGUGUUUGCCUGCAAACAAAAACUCGAUCAUGAUCUGGACCACCUAAUUUGUACAAGUGUUUUUUCCUCACGCUUGAUGCCUUUGGUAUGCAGAGUCCUGGUGGACAAAGGACAAGGACAAAAGAGCACAAUAAGGGAAAAAGGGAGCCUCGGUGUCUCAAUCGUUUUUUAAUAACAUCAUCGGGAAGACCAUCAGACAUGUUCUAGAGCACAAGCUAGUCCUGAGAUCUGAC